AUGCCGGAAAAAGGUAGAAAAAAAGGAUACAAGUAUUUAAAGUGUAAUUUUUGUAGUAAGGAUAUUAAGGGAGGGAUGAAGAGAGUGAAAGAACAUCUUGCUUGCACAGACAAAGAUGUAAAACCAUGUCCUAAAGUACCUAAAGAAGUCAAGGAUGAGAUAAGUCAAUAUUUGAAAGACUAUGAAAAUACAAAAUUUAUUUCUCAACGAAAGUUUGAUGAGGCGGUGGAUUGUGGAUCCUACUUUGGUGAUGGACCUAGUGGUUGUGGUAGUGGCACUCCUUUGGAGGGCGUGAAUUCUUGUCCUAGCGAUUGUGUAAAAGAUGCACAAAAAUUGUUUGAAUUACUUGAUGGUGUUGUUGAAGAAAUUGGAGAAGAUAUUGUCAUUCAGGUGAUCACUGAUAAUGCAAGUGCAUACAAGGUAGCUGGAAGAUUAUUAAUGGAGAAGAGAAAAAGUUUGUAUUGGACUUCGUGUGCUGCUCAUUGUAUUGAUUUGAUGCUUGAGAAAAUUGGAGAAUUGCCACAACAUAAAAAUGCUUUUCUUAAAGCAAGGAGAGUUAGCAAUUUCAUCCAUAACCAUCAAUGGGUGUUGAGUUUAACAAGAAAAUUUGCAAAGAAAGAUAUUCUUCAACCAGCUGUCACACGAUUCGCCACUGCCUUUCUAACUUUAGAAAGUAUGCAUCAAUUGAAGCAACCACUACAAAUGAUGUUCGUUUCAAAAGAAUGGUCAAGUUGUGCAUGGGCAAAGAAACCUGAAGGGAAAGCUAUGAAAAAAAAUCAUAAUGAAUGA